UGCUUUCAUUUAUAAUCAAAAGCUCGGCAAUUACUCUUCAGCGGCUCUGUUGUUCGACAGGGAGGGGAAGGAAGGCUCGGCCGGCGCCCCCCGCUCGGGCAGCAGCUGUGGUAGCGCCCAGGCUCGUGGGUUGGCGCGCGGUUCGAAAAGUGCGGGGCGCGCGCGCCGGGUCUGAGGGCUGCCUUCCCCUGAGCGCGGCUCCCUCCGCUCAGCGCCCCUUCCCCGGAGCGCGGCUCCCUCCGCUCAGCGCCCUUUCCCCUCAGCGCCGCUCCCUCCGCUCACCUCCCCUUCCCCGCAGCUCCGGCUCCCUCCGCUCCUCUCUCAAGGCCGGCUGCUGGGGCUCCCAGGGCUCCUGACUGCGCUGCUCUUACACCCGUUCCGCCCCUGGGACGCCUCUGUCACCUGCGAGCCUCGGCGCGGGUCAGCCCCGGCUCCUCGGACGAGUCGCGAUUUCAGCAGCGCCCUGCGAGGUCUGAAGGGCCGCAGGGAAGCAGCGGGCACGGAACGCACCAGUUCGGGUCUCACAAACGCUCCAAAGCACUUCCCAGCUCCUCCUGUGGCUGCAUAAAGUCAAAUACUCGGGGCUGUAAACGGGCAGUGAUUCUGAGAAAUGGACGAGGGCAUUUUUCAAGCUUAUGAGGAUGAAAUCCAGGCACUGGAAGAAGAAAUUAGGCUAUUGACGGAAAAAUAUGAAGAUAUGCAACAAGAAUCCAACUUCUUUUCUGAUGAGGAGAUACUGAAGUCAAUAAACUCAUUCCAAAGAGAAACUCAGGGAGAAACCAAGGGACAUGAAUCUCCAUCUGACCUGAAAGCUCAGCUUGAAAGUCUAGAAGCAGAUCUCUUAUUUUUAACAGAAUUUACUGGGUUUCAUUUCACUAGCCAUUCCCAGAAAACAGUGGAAAAAACUCAAAAUGGGACAGUGCAGAAGCACAAAUUAUCAGGGAAGUGUCACUCCCUGCCUUUCCAACUGGAAUUCCAGCUUCUUGAAAUGCAGAACAAUGAGAAAGUGUCUGCUGUUGUUAGUGAUCUCAGCAUUGUAAUGGAAUCCACAGAAGAUUCAAACGUGAGCAAGUUUCUGUCACGCACUGAAGAAUGUGGAGAUAUUCUAACAUUUUUCAGAAGCCUUUCAACUUAUGCUGAGUGGUAUGAACAUCGUAGACACACUUUCCUGCAUUUCAAGGCCAAGUAUCCUGACAUUGUGACCCUUCCCGAAGGACUGCUGGGAGAUUUUAUAAUUCUAAAGAACCCCAAAGUUUCUGGGUUUGAAUUGAUGAUUGUCUGGAAGAUCCAUCUUGAUGAAGAAGGGACCACCACACCUGUCCUGGACCUGCUGCCCAAAGUACCAGAGCAAGUCCUGGAGCAGAAGAUGAGGAGGGUGGAGAGCAUCCCUGGCAACUUCCGGAGCGCGCUCCGGCUCUUCGGGAUCGAGGCAGCCAUCGAGAACCUGAUCAAAGUGCUGGGCUCAGAAGAAUGAAUGCCAGCAUCAUUUACACUAGGUAGCAAUUUCAAAAGUAGUUUUAAUUAAGAUAUUGUGUUACACAGUCUGUAAUUUUAUUGAAUAUAAACAUUAAGUUAUUUUCCAUUUAGAAACCAUACUCAUAAAACAUGCUAUCUGUACAAUUAUGGCACGUUAUAUAUAAAUUGUCAUGACAUGAAAAUAAAUACAGCCAUUUAAAUACAAAAAUGCCAAAUAAAAUAGUUACAUGUA